AUGCCGCUUGUAUCAAGCAAUACAGAGAGUGUUACUCCAAACAGAGAAGGAAUAAACGACCAGACCGAAGAAUCGGAGUUUGUUAAGCUUGUCCCUCCCCAAACAGCCUUUGACGCAUCAUCCUACAUCUCCGUGGACGAGUCCGGCAAUUUCAAUAGUUUUGGACCUUCAUCAGCAUGGCAGAUGAUAACAGAUGCUCCAGCAAUUGUUCAGAAAUUAGCAACCGAAAACACAAAAAAUGAAUUGGUUGCUAAUGCCGCCCUAUCUCGUCAAUUAGAAUAUCGAUUAGCAACUUUCGGUGAACUAGCUGGCGUACCCACCGAUUUAGCAACUCAUCUUCUCGAACUUCACUGGAAUCGACAACACCACACCUUCUUACUAACCUAUCGGCCUGCCAUAAUACAGGGCUUAUUGGAAGGCGGCGAGUUUGGGUCCUCAUUUUUACUGAAUAGCAUUUUCGCCUGUGCCAGCAAAUUCUCCACCAGGCCCGAGCUGCGAAACACCUUUGGCAAUGCACAAGAAGCGGGAGCCAAGUUCUUUCGCCGUUGCGAUGAACUAAUGAGCAAAGAAAAUCUCCUCCUUCGCCCAAGUCUUGCGACUAUUGUCGGACUUUUACUUCUGGGAUCAACUUACGUGGCACGUGGUGUGACCACCAAAGGCUGGCUUCUCACGGGGUAUGCCUUACGCAUGAUAUACGAUCUCGGCCUUCAUAUAGACCGCAAGCCAUCCAAGGAUGAUAAGGCGAUUGAAGAAGAAGUCCGGAGAAGAAUCUUCUGGGGUGCCUUUAUCUGUGACAAGCUUCAGAGUUUAUACUUGGGUAGACCGUUCGCUAUCAAAUUGCGCGAUGCCCAUGUCUCGCUUGAGUUGAAGGAUAUCAUGGAAGAAAAUGAAUUAUGGACUCCAUGUGAAGAUUUGGCAAAUCAGACGAUGAACGAAAAGAACGUAUUUCCGCCAAAGUUCCCAAUCUACUCAGUCUCAUGCUUCCAGAGAUUUUGUCUUCUCUCAAAAAUCAUGACGCGAAUAAUCGAUGAGUUCUAUGUUGUUGGUGCAACAGUAGAAAGUGCUCAAUUAAGUCUGCGCAGUAUCGACAAUCUUCUACAACAAUGGGAACAAAAUCUACCUGAGGGGUUACGCAUAGAUACCUCGAGUCGCUGCGGACCAGCAGUAAGCCAUGCUCCAAACGUCCUUUGUUUACAUGUCAUCUAUCAUGCAUUGAGAAUACUCCUACAUCGCCCAUUGGUCGCCGAUGGACACCUACGCUCGGCAUCACCGCCAGCCUUAUCAUGGAAGCGCUGUUCCGAAGCAGCAGAAAAGAUCACUCAGAUAGUCGCUUUAUAUCGACAGCUAUACACAUUAAGGGGAGCUCCAUAUCUCAUCAGCUACGGUCUUUAUGUGGCGUGUACCAUACAUGUUCGCAAUAUGGGCGUGAAUACCAGUGAAAUGGUCGUCAAGAAUUCUUCUACGCUAGAGCGAAGUGUCCGUUGGCUUGAAGAGCUGGCAGUUCCCAAUCCAGCUGUUGCAAAGACUGUUUCCAUCAUAAAGAAAUUGAUGAGUGCGAGAGGGGUCAGCUUGGACUUUUCUCCUGAUACUGUUGGGUUUGCAGUGCAAGAAGAGUUGGCCAAUACUGAAGAGAAUCAUGGCUGUGGUACCGACUCAGCUCCCCUAGCCCGUGACAUAGGCUCAUUGAUGGACCCAUAUUUCUUCACUAACGAAUGGGACGAGUCAUUUUCAGGUGACCUUCUGUAUGGGUUCUUAGAACAAGAAUCUUUCGAAGGAAUGAUUCCAUAG